AUGGCGUCCGAUUCAAGCGUGCGCUCCGUCGACUGCUGGCGGUGAAGAGAACAGCUGAGGGGGGUGGUGGUGAAGAAGACCGGCGCCUGUCCGUCUCCUCAACCUGACAACUUCCCUGUGCGACCUCGAGAAGAGAUAAUAGAGAGAAGAGAGAGAAUCCGUGAGAAGAAGGUGAUGGAUUAAGAGGACGCCGCAACGCACACCCGGUGCUCCGCGUGGCUGUCUGUCCCCUCACCCUGUCAACUUCCCUGCGCGACCUCGAGAAGAGAGAUUAGAGAGAGAGAGAUAGUCCGUGAGAAGAUAUGGAGGCUGUCAGCAGUGAUUUAACGCAGUCGCUGCACCCUGACAGAAGCGACCACGACGUACACGGGUUGCAGGACACUGUACAUCUUUUGCAGUCUCAACUAAGGCAACUACAGGCAGAUAAUGCAGCUGAAUAUGAGACAAUCACAGACGUUCGUCGGAAACUAAACCAGUCUGAGAAUGAAAAGGUCGAGCUUACAAGCAAACAUAAUCAAGAGGUCCUAAUUUUGGACAGUCAGGUGAUGAGGCUACGAGCUGAGCUGGAAAAGGGUGAGGCACUUCGACAGGAUUUGGAAUAUGACCUGGCCCUGAGCAGGAAAGAAGCAUGUGUGGAAAAACGCCUAUUUGAGGAGAAAAUCGUGCUUGCUGUUCAAACAAAUGAUGAGAUGAAAGCGUAUGCCUUAGAGUUGCAGCAGAAGGUGUCUGACCUGGAGCGAGCACUGAGGAUUUGCAAACAGACGGCAGAAGAAGAGCAGUGCAGGCUUCGGCUGGAUUUGGACAGCCAGAAGAAAUUAAACAAAGACAGUCACUCUCAGACUAAACGCAUUUCCGCUGAACGUGUCCAACUAGAGCAAGUUAUAAAGGAACAGAAGGAGGUGCUGACUAAACUUCAGUCCACUCUGCAUUCAGCGGAAGAAGAAAAAUGCAAUCAGAGUGAAGUUUUGCGUCGGCAAACUUGUGAACUUGAGUCUUUUUCUCAAAGGGAGGCCAAGAUGAAAAAAGAUUUAGAGAUUGCCCAGCAGAGAUUGAGGAGCUUGGAAGACAGCAAUGAGGCAGAACGUGCUUCUCAUCUGGAAUCUAAGUUUAACUCAGAAAUAGUGCAGCUGCGCCUCAGGGACUUGGAGGCCUCGCUAGAGGUAGAGAGGUUGGCCAGAAGCAGUGCCGAGUCCAACUUGGAGAUGAUCCGAGACCAGUUCAGACAGCUGGAAAUGGCCUAUGAGAAGGAAAGGGCACAGGUGCAACAAACCGCUGAGCGUCUGCACCAAUUUGAAAAGGAGUCAGCGGCCACGGUGAAGCAGAUGUCCCAGGAGAUGGAAGACAAGAAGAAAAAUAUCGCAGAUCUCUCAAUACAGCUGCAGACAAAUGAGAAAAUCUCAGCCAACUUCAACAAAGAGCUUAACUUGGCCAAGAAAAGGCAGGCGUACCUGGAAGAGACGUAUGGGAGACACAUCCGAGAUUUGGACAUGUUGCUGGAGAACUUUGGAAUCGGUUCCUUGACACCUGCGGCGCAUACGGAGCAAGAGAAGGGCCAGGGUCCCUCGGCAGUGCUGCAGAGCCUGCGGCUCACCCUGACAGAUUACCAGGGCCGCUUGCGAGAGAACUCUAACGAGUUGGACAAGAUGAAGCGACUCUGCGAACAGAUGAGUGAAGAGUGCCAGUCCUCUAAAGAAUUGGUUUGGACACGCAACAAAACACUGGAAGACUUACAAGCGCAGUUGCUUGCAGCGAACACUGAAGUUGUGAACCAGCGCGCCCAGGCAGAUGAACUCAUUGGGUCCAUGGCAUCUCUGCAAAGCGAAGUUCAGAGGCUGCAGGCCAGUUGGGAUGCGGAGAAGGCCCACUCUGCUGAUGCCUACACACAGCUCAAUAAGCUGCGUCAAGCCUUUGAAGAGGACGUGCAGGAGAAACUGACCUUCCUGCAUGGGCUCUACCAGCGGCUUGUGGCAGGAUGCGUGGUGAUUCACCCUCCCAAAAGCAUCCUGGGACAGUUUACAUGGGUUGAGCUGUGCAGCAUUUUGCAGGAGAAUGUGGACGCUUUAACAAUGGACCUCAACCGUAACCUGGAGAAGGUGGCCCACCUUGAGAGAUUGUGCAAUGGCAAAGAGGAGGCCAUGAAAGAGCUAAAUAAGCGGCAGGAUGCCAGCGUCAAUCGCUUGGUGGAAGGAAUGCGGGAGAAGGAGGAGGGCUGGCACAAGGCCAAGGUGGCGCUGGAGCAGCACUACACUCGGCUGCUGGGCGAGGUGCACACGCACGCGCAGAAGAGCCAAGCAUCUGCAAGUGAUCUCCGUGGGAAGGUGAACGAACUGACUUGCGAGAAAGAGCGCCUGAUGGCAGAGCUUGUGAGCCUGCAGGAGCAGCUUUCCCGUGGCGUGGACGAGCGGGCUGCCCUGCUUACAGCCUGUGCCCUCCUGUCGGGUGCUAUCAUCCCAUUACGUGCCCGAGCCCAGGCUCUUGCCACCCAGCGGCUCUUCCUGGCUCAGCGGGCUGCUAAAUGUGACCACUUUUGUAAACAGCUGGCUGCCCUAGGUAAGGCUUUGUCACUAGAGCUUAAAGGCGUGCAGCAGAAGUCACCAGAAACAAGAUUGGAUGAACUGGCGUCUGCCUCAAAGGGAAAACUUGCGUCUUCUUCAAAAAGAAAGGGUCUGCUUCGAUUUCGCUUGGCUGUAGUUGUUGUGCUUGGGGCCAAUCGGCUGCAACGGCUGGGUGGCUCCACCCGCAGUCUUUUCACGUGGACCGAAGGUACAGGAGAUAAUGGUGCCAUGCUGGUCUGCACUGGAAAAGUCAAGCCCAGUGAAGGCCAGAUGAGCUCCAAACAAGCGACAAAAGACAGAGUGUUCGCUGCUUUACGCUGGUUUUCCAGCCCUGAACUGCAAACAGCCAUUAUACAUUCAAUGAGUGAACUUCAGCAAGUCAUCAAACAAACAGAAUUACAUGGUGCCUCACUUGGACAGAGUAUUGUCACAGCUGCACGGGCAGCCUUUGCUAAUUUGUUGGACCAUCUGAGCAUUGAGAUGGAGUGGUCUGUGGGUUCCAACGACCUGCACUGUGAGUGGAGAGAGCCUGACUCACUUGCGUGGCUACUAAACCAGAGGUUGACCAAGAUUACAGCGCGUGGUCAUGGUGAUGAGCAGCCGACUCAGUACACCAUGCAGCACUGUGUAGGCUUGGUACAAAAGCAGCUGCUGGAGUUCACGGAGAGACUGCAUGCAGCUGAAGUGGAGCGGAGGGCGAACCGGCUGGAGCUUGCCCAAACCCGUGACUUGAGAAAGCACACAGAUCAUUCUCGCAGCCUGAAGAAGGAGCUGCAGGAGCUCAGACAAGCGACUCAAAACCUCGUCCCAGUGGAGCAGUUUAACGGAGUGUGUGAGGAGCUGAAGAGUGCACUGGCCAGGGAGCAGCUGGCUCAGCACCUCCUCAGGGAUCAGGCCCACCAGCUGCAGGAGCUUGGGGAUCGCCUGCAACAGCAUGCCAGCCAGGACACGGAAAAGGAGCAGACUCUCGCCGAAGCCGUCAAGGGCUUAUCGGAGGCCAAGCUGGAGGUGCGGAGAAAGGAGCAUGGCGUGCAGCAGCUCAAUCGUCGUUUGGCCCAAAUGGAGGAUGAGCGACGGCGGUUGCACGAUGCCAUUAAGGGCACUGAAGAUGUUCUGCGCAGCAGGACCAGGAGUAAGGAAAAUGUGACAAAUUAUAUGAAAUGUCUGGACCAAAGUCUUCAGCAGGUGAGGGAGCAGCUAUCCCUGUCGUGGGCCACGGGCGAACUGGCACUGCAGCCCGCCACACUGGUCCUGGAGAAGGCCAUUGCAGAUGGGGCCUGCCUGGGCGUGGAGGCCGGCAUCUGUCAAAGCGUUGUGCGAAGCGUGUCGGACGUGCUGCAGGCUGCCUGGCUCAGGAUAUCGGCCCUAGAAAAAGAGAUCGCCUCCCACAGACAGCACAUCACUAUGCUCAAGGGCGAGUUGCACACCGCCUGCCUUAGGGCAGAAGGCCAGGUCACGGACGCAUGUGUGGACGCGUGGCGGAGCGUCAGCAAGCUGGAGCGGGGAUGCGCAGGAGAGGUGCCGCGUGGCUCUGACCAGGCUCACGGGGCCAGCUCGGCAGGGCAUCACACUGGGCCACUGGAGGGCAGCCGUGGACUCCCCAGGGACUCCACUCCUGCAGCGGAAUUGCACGUUGGCUUAAGCAGCUCCGAGCGCGACGCGUCGGAGGGUGGCCGCCCCCGUUCACGCGCUCGCUCCGACCCCACGGCCCGGAGUGUUGGCACCCGUCACAGCCAGAGGCGAUCUCCGUUCAGAUAGGCAGGCCCAUCGAUCAGUUGUCAUCCAGAAGAACAAUAAAGGCUUCAGAAGUAAACUUGAUCAUUUUCCCAAAAAAUAAAAUCACAAAUUCUAUUUUUUGUUUUUUUAUUUUAUUUUGGGGGUUGGCAGGGCAGAAGGAUAUGGUUGUUAUUUUUCCCGCAACAGGUCAAAUUAAUAAUUUACGACUGGUUUUUGAUGUCUUGUGAUGACAGUAUAUGCCUUUGUGUGUGUAUUAGCAAACGAGUACACAAUGUAUUUGUACUCAUUUAAAGUAUUUUAUUUAUCAGCCAUUCAUUGGUACAUUUCAAAUACUGUAUGUAAUUUCAAUUUUAAGGCUUAAGUGGUUUUACGUAUUCUUUAGGCACAUUUAAAAAAAAAACACGUCUGAUCUGAUAUUUCAUUUACAAUGGAGUACAAUGACAAUGCUUAUGCAGUUACUCAUCCAAUUAGAGUUUGCAACAAUGCUGUUUGAGGAUUUCACAUUAUAUAGUGUUUUGUAUGUUGAUUUUAUCAAAAUAUUAUUUCAAAAAUUAUUUGCACUUUGCUUUUGUUUGUAUUAACAUUGCUAACAGAAAUACUGUAAUCUGAUGACAGUCAAUAUUAGUGGAGAUUUCUCUUGGUCUAAGUGAACAAAUUCCCUUGGCUUUCUCUGGCCAUAUUUUGAAGAAACAACUCUUGGUUUUAUAAUAUCCCUGUUGGGAACUUAUCAUUCAUAUAUACAUUAAACGCAUAGGUGUCUUGAUACAAAUUUCUGCCACAUUGUUUUUAUCUGUGUGCUUGCAUAUAUAUUUAAGUAUCUUGAUUGUUGUAGAACUUAACCUGAAUGUUGAGUCUUCUUGGUUCUUUCGGUAAAGUCACGUAUUUCCCUUAUACGUGACUUUACCGAAAGAACCAAGAAGAUGAAUCCCUGCAGUCACGAAAGCUUUAAAUCGAAACUGAAUGUUGAGGUUAAGUGCCUUAAGAUGCCUACCUUCAACAUUCAAGUACUAAUCCGAGCGGUUAGCAAAUAAACAGUGUAAGUGGCGCUGAGAGUGAUAGGUGCGUGUAAAAGGAAAUGUCAUAUUCUCCCAAGGCGAUUACCCAGAACAGCGAGCCUGCAAGGACUAAAUGACACCUACCCCCAAAUUAUCUUUAAACAACACUAAGCAAGCAAUAAAUGCUCGGUGAAUAAAAGCCAAGCCACCCUGUAUCCCUUUAACGGCUUUGCAACAGUAAACUAAUCAGCAGCAGACACGGUUCAUCGCACACGGCCUGACCUCAUUUGCUCUGGCAGAGCCACCAUAAGGAGAGACCGUACAGGCUGGGAGGCCAGCAGCUUUGCCUCUCAAAAGUUUCAUGACAAGCCCAGUGGGGGAAAUCGUUCAGCAGACAUGGACCCCUUAAUCUUUUUCAUGCUGUUGGCUCAACAACCUCUGAAAAUUAUCAGGCAGGAAUGCAGGGUGUCCGUAAAGGUAUCACAUCCAUUGUUAAAUAAUUAUAAUCGGGCAGUACUUUUAACUGUGCGGUUAAAAUGUUGGCAAUAUAUGCUGGAGUGAUUGAAAACAACACGGCAGUUAUUUCAAGCAAUCACACUCAAUAUGUUGGAAAGGACCGAGGAUUUGCAUCUUGGAAUAUGGAUAGAGGGAUGGAAGUCGUGGUAAAAUCUUCAUCAAUCAAGUUUUGUGUGCAUAUAUUUGUCAACCUAACUCAAACUGCUGGUAUUUAUUUAAUAAUAAUAUCUUUAUGGACAUGUAGUAUUUCACAUUUACUGCAAUGGUUCAGAUUGGUACUGUUUUUGUCUCUCAAUCACCGAUCGCGAUUCAGAACGUGGAAAAUGGUCUUCUUACAACUGCUUCCCAUAAUGACUUGCCAACGAUGUGAAUGCGCUGGUCAAUAUUUUACAAUGCAUAACGGACAAUUAAUUGCAUAAGUGCACUCCAUUAAAAAAAAUGCUAAGUAGGAGGAUCAUAGCAUCAAGCUGAACAUUGUCAGCCUGUCUUGCUUAGGACCAAAAAAAAAGGACACAUUCAGGCAGUGUGACCUAAUAAAGCUCAAGGAGGGGGCGUGUUCUCAAGUGUCAGAUGGCGUUCCCUUGCAUUUACAGUGGAUCAAUGUUAAAACAUUUCCUGAGUUUACAUUUUUAUUUGACAGUUGCACGAGCAGAGGGCCAUUACCGUUUGAUCCGGUUUCGCUUGGUCAACACCUUUGGCCGUGAUGGAUCGCUCAUACGCGUUGGACGACCGGCGUUGGAGAUGAAGCGAGGCACAGCAUGUGGGCGAAAUAAAUGCCAUUUUAUAAAUGACACUCCACGCACCGUAAGCUGCUUAAGAGAGCCGGCGAUACUCUGCAUUUCCUUGAUCGUGGCUUUUUUUUAAUGUGUCCUGGUCAUCUUCCAUUACUGUUGAAAAUUACACUUAAGAUGACGUUAGUGGAAUUAUAGCGUCUAACUCGUACUUAAUAGGUCACCAAAGGGUUACUUAAAUACAUUACUUAUUUAGCAGAUAGUGAAAUUAUAUUUUUAAAGCAGUUUUUUGCUUCGUAAAUCUUUUAUUUGAAAUAUACAAUUAACGUUGAAAUAUUCCACCGCUAUUUCUCGGUUAUAUUUUAAGUACAGUAUUACAUCAAACUACUUAAUCAUUUAUUGCAAUUUGUGGUGCUGGGUUUUCAUUUUACAAAUUGGGCAUCAGGAAUACGCCUCCGAAUUCACUUAAAGCAAAAGUUUAUCUGCCAAAUGUUAUCCGCAAAAAAUUUCGCACAGUUGAUCAGUUUUCAAAAUAAUUUCAGUGGAAUGUUUAUGAAAAAAAUUAAAUAAAUGGUCUGUCAUGCACAUGAAACAAGUGAUGAAAAAAUAAAACUUCACAAAAUUAAAGCAAAAUUGACAGUCUUAGAUGCAAAUGUCUGAAGUUUUAACUCAUUCUUGGUUGCAUUUCUUUCUAAAUCCCAAGUCUUGAGAAUCCACACAACAUACAUUUCAUUGCAGCUACCAUUUUAACAGCAGUAAUGACGAUGGCGAAAAGCAAACACAAUCAUUGUUUGCUGACCAAAUUACAGUUAUUCAAUAUAUUUUGGUUCGUUUAACAAUGCACAUUUUUAUGUUAAUGAUUUCUAUUUGCAUAGCGGUCCUUGAGACAAAUUAAGAAUAUCAAGAUCGCACAUCCUCAAAGAGCAGAGCGUUUUGGUUGUCAUCCUAGAAUAAAUACACAAAGUGGUGCCGUGGGCGCGGUUUUGGGCUUUCGUGUUGAAAUGGCACUCCUUGCCACCAUUGGCCGUGGCUGGUUAAGCGGCAUGUCACCGUGGGCACAAACCAUGGCCAAUUGGCGGAGUCGUUUGACUGGGAGCAGUCACUUAAAUCAACAGGCCGCUUGUGGAUUAACUGACAGCAGCCCCCUCCUGGCCGUUUGAUUGGACUCCUCACUGCUCGGGUGUGUGUCAGAGCGUUGACAAAGGCAGUUUGAACAGUUUCCUCCAUUUGGUU